AUGACACAGACACGUCUCUACAUCCAACGAUUGAUAGCUGGUAUCGAAGAUGAUGAUGAUGAUGUGAAGUGGCCGGAGGAUCUCGCUCACCAUCCCAAAAAGUCCGGAGAAGGGAGUGGGCGGAAAGGGAAGGAGAGGGCGAGCUUGGGUGGCAGUGUGGCGGAUGCAUGGGAGGGGAGUCGGAGCAAGGGGAAGGAGAGAAGGUCUUUGGGCGCGAAUGGUGACUCGAGCGAGCCGUCGAGGCAGCAAAUGCAGGGUGACGAUGGAAAGUGA